CUCCUCCUGCACUAACAAAUGUUUCAUUCUCUCGUGAAGCAGUAAAAUAAAAACCUCUCUGUCCUGCAGGGCUGGAUUUAGGAAGCAGAUGUGACCCCUGGAUAAGAUGAGGAUGGGAUGACCGGAAGAGGAGCACUGGAUGUUUUAAAGCUCCUGUAAGAGUCAGAGGGAGCAGCUGACAGGAGGACUGCAUGUUGGAGGAAAAGAUGGAGGGGUUUAAAACGCGAAGUGCGCAGCGCGGAUGUGCAGAGGGGGGGGUUUAUUAUUAUGUGACUGCAGGGAUGGAGCUGGAAUAACAUUCACAGUCUCCAUUACACUGAGCGCGUUCUGCUGAAAUACGAAGAGAGGAGCACUUGUUUUACUGUCUGCAGCAGCCUGAUCCUGCAGGGGAUCUGUUGGAUGAUGGAAGUGAAAUAAUACGCAUGGCUCCAUGACGCUCCAGCUGCACUGACUGAUUUAUCUCGCCAGUUUCCGGUUGAAAAGGAGAGCUUGUUUUCCUGUCUUCAGCACCACGGACAGCGACCACGUGGGCUUACUGAUGCAUGGUCCUGCAGGAGGUCUCCGGGUGGAGGUGAAAUAACAUGCAUGUUUCACAGUCUCCAUCGCACUGACUCAACACGUUUUUAUUCCCGGCUGAAAGAGGAGCAGAGGAGCGCUUGUUUUCCUGUCUUCAGCACCGCGGACAGCCACAAUGACGCGGCUCCGCAGGAAGGCUUUAGUGUCCCUCUUCCUCUUCACCCUCUUCAUCUUCGGGGCCAUGAUGGGGCUCCGGACCCUGAAGCCCAGCGACGGCUUCUCAGACCUGGCCCCGGGGAUGGGCUUCAUCCGGGAGAGGGAGAGGGACCGGAGGCGGCUGGAUGCAGAGGACGUGGCGGUGUCUCCGGGUCAGGCUCAUGGCGGCAGCAGCAGCAGCGACACUAAGGUAGUCUUCACCAAAUCUGACCGGGACUACAGCAUCUUCUACGACGUGCACAUCUUCUACUACCUGUGGUACGGGGCCCCGGGCACCGACAACAAGUACAUCCACUGGGAUCACGUACUGGUGCCGCACUGGGACCCUAAGAUAGCGGCCAGUCAUGCGCAGGGGAGACACACACCGCCCGAGGACAUAGCAUCCAGUUUCUACCCGGAGCUGGGUCCCUACAGCUCAAGGGACCCCAAGGUGCUGGAGUCCCACAUGUCGCAGAUAGAGGAGGCUGCAGCAGGGGUGCUGGUUCUGUCCUGGUACCCCCCCGGCGUGGCGGACGACCACGGGGAGCCGAGCGAGGAUCUGGUUCCCGCCGUGAUGGACGCCGCCCACAGGCACAGCAUCAAGGUGGCCUUUCACAUACAGCCGUACAAAGGACGGACGGACCAGAGCAUGCAUGACAACAUCAAAUACAUUAUUGACAAAUAUGGAAAACAUGGCGCCUUCUACAGAUUCAGGUCCAGCACAGGCCGAGUCCUGCCUCUGUUUUACGUCUACGACUCCUACCUGAUGCCGGCCGAGUCCUGGUCCGAGCUCCUUGGCACCAAAGGUUCCCACAGUCUCCGGGGCACGCCUUACGAUGGCGUCUUCGUCGCCCUCAUCGUGGAGGAGCGCCACAAACACGACAUCCUAGCUAGCGGCUUUGACGGCAUCUACACCUACUUUGCCUCCAACGGAUUCUCCUUUGGCUCGUCCCACCAGAACUGGAAAGCCAUCAAGAACUUCUGCGACGCCAACAAUCUGCUCUUUAUUCCCAGCGUUGGUCCAGGGUACGUGGACACGGCUGUUCGACCGUGGAACAACCACAACACGAGGAACCGCGUUAACGGACGAUACUACGACACGUCCUUGCAGGCGGCUUUGUCUGUCAGGCCGGAAAUCGUCACCAUUACGUCCUUUAACCAAUGGCACGAAGGUACGCAGAUAGAGAAGGCUGUGCCCAAGAAAACAGUGACGCGUUUGUACCUGGACUACCAACCCAAUCAGCCGGACCACUACUUAGUGCUCACUCGCCAAUGGGCGGAGAACUUCAACAAGGAGAAGGACACAUGGCUGAUGUGAACUUUAUUUCCCUGGUAGAUCAGACCAGAACGUGAAGUCAGAUCCUUUAUAUCCAUUUCAAAACCAGUUUCACCUACACCUACUCUGAAUCUAAUGGCUUCUCCUUUGGCUUGUCCCACCACAACUGGAAAGCCAUCAAGAACUUCUGCAAUGCUAACAAUCUGCUCUUUAUUCCCAAGAAAACUGACACAUUUGCACCUGGACUACCAACCCAAUCGGAAGCUAACAUGAAAAGGUGGCUUUAGAUCAGACCAGAUGAGACAUUCAGUUGGCUCCAACCCUUUACAUCCAUCCCCCUACCUGUUCCUCUCCAACUUUGAGUACUUCUUGUCUGACAGCAGAACUGAAGCGUCAUUAAGGCCUUCUGCGAUGCCAACAAUCUUCUCUUCAUUCCAUGCAUUGGCUCGACCAACAACCACAACUUUAACCGGGUUAAUGGACGGUACUACGGCCUGUCCUUGCAGGCUGGAAAUUGUCACCAUUAGGUCCUUUAACCAAUGGGACAAAGGGAAGCAGAGAAGGCUGUUUGUGCCUGGACUACCAACCCAAUCAGCCAGACUACUACUUAGCUUGCUCACUGGCUAGUGGGCCUAGAACUUUAACAAGGAGAGUGACAUGUGGCUGAUGUGAAGCUGGCUUUAGAUAAGACAAGAGUCAUCUUCAAAACCUUAUAUCCAUCAACCUAACUGGUUUUUCUCAGACUCUGAGUCCUACUUUGACGGCAUCUCCACCUACUUUGCCUCCAACGGCUUUCCUUCGUUCAUUUAGGGCUAGAAAGAAAACAAGAACUUCUGCGAUGCCAACAACCUGCUCUUUAUUCCCAGCGUUGGUACUUGGAAAUGGCUGUUCGACCGUGGAACCGUGAAACCCAGUUGAACAGAUGGAACGAAGGAUGGCAGAUAGAAAUGGCUCUUCCCAAAAGACGUGUUUGUACGUGGACUACAAAUCCAACCGGACGGACUAUCACUUAGUGCUUACUCGCCAAUGGGCAAACAAGGAAAAGGACACAUGGUUGAACUUUAUUACCUGGCAGAUCAGACCAGAAAAGACAUUAAAUCAGCUCCUUUAUUUCCAUCUCCCAGCACUUCUGAUGAGACUUCCUCUAAAUGUUCACUCUACCUUUACUGUUUCUAAUCCGUUCUUUUGUACAGCUUAAAAAUGUCACCUGAAAUGUUGAAGCUAUGAAGGACGAAUAAUCAUCGUUUCCUGAUAAUUCAGUAUCUGUGUGCGGCUUAUAUGCAGUAACUUGGCCCCGUAGGGAUGUCUUUCUUAUUUUCUUAUGAUGACAGACUGUUCUUUCCUGUAUU